GCUCCAUAGCCCAGUACUCAAAGUUCAAUUAUCAAAUCUGACAUAAGCUUUGGUUGUUUUUCUUUUUUCAUUACAGAUUUCAACAAAUUCUGAACCAAAAAAAACUCAUAUGUAUCAAAGAGUUGGGUAUCAAUAUCUUCUGCUCUGUUUCUUGCAUUGAAGACUCAAACCGAGUUUCCUGAAUUGGCUCGCUCUUGGAUUCAUAUUCUGGUGUUGACAGCAGCUGGAUCUGGAACUGAAGUUAUAUAGAGCACUGAUCAAUGGAUGGUCUGAGUUGGGAUGCCUUACACGCUGCGGAGAACUUACCUAUAUUGUGGAGCAAUUUAGAGCAGCAAGAGCUUGAAGCAAACUUGAAUCCAAGCUUUCCUAAUAAUUCAAUGCAACAGAUGCAGAAGCAGGCUCAAACAGGUCAUCAUCAUCACCUGUAUCCAAGUUCUGAAAGAGAAGUGAUCAAAGAGAUGGCUCAAUUAUCAGAAGCAGAAGCAGAAUUAGCAGCUAGAACCAGUUCAAAGACAAGUCUAUCACAGCUAGUAGGUGGGUCCAGCUGGGUUGGUGGAUCUUACAGAAUGAAUAACCCAUUUGGUAAUUUUGAUCCUCCAGAAUUCAACAUGGCCCACCAACAUCCACAACUUGUCAAUAAUGGCUCACAAAAUGGUACCUUCUCUGCUGAGUCACUGGAUUGCUUGUUCUCAGCUACAAAUAGCAACACAGACGCAUCUGUAGAAGAUGAUGGAGUCUCCAUGAUCUUAUCUGAAUGCAGAAGAUCAAACUUAUGGAGCUUUAGUCAUAACAAUGGAGGAAGUGAAUCUGAGAGCACUACCAACGCUGAUCAUGAAACAUUAUCUCAAGGUUCCUCAGAUCUUUAUGCAAAUCAAGGAAUAAAAAUUGCAGAAUCCACCAAGGCCAAGUGUUCAAAAAGGAGCAUUGAUGAUGCUUUAGAUCAAUAUCCCUACUUCAGCAUUGAAGAAGGUGGUUCAAGUUCAUUCAGGCUCGUUAAGGAGAACAACAACAAUAAUCCACCAAAACCCAAACGACCCAGAUGGGAUUCCAAGCCUCCAUCUUCUUCAAACAUCAAUUUCAAGCAGCCCCAUUCAUCAUCAUCUUCCAUGGAAGAACCAGACCCAGAUGCCAUAGCACAAAUGAAAGAGAUGAUAUAUAGGGCUGCAGCAUACAGGCCUGUGAAUUUAGGAAUGGAGGUGGUGGAGAAGCCAAAGAGGAAGAAUGUGAGGAUAUCAACAGAUCCUCAAACUGUGGCUGCAAGGCUGAGAAGGGAGAGAAUAAGUGAAAGAAUCAGGGUUUUGCAGAAAUUGGUUCCUGGUGGAAGCAAGAUGGACACUGCUUCAAUGCUUGAUGAAGCUGCAAAUUACCUCAAGUUUCUAAGAUCACAAGUGAAGGCAUUAGAGAGUCUAGGAAACAAAGUCGAGGCUAUGAAUUGUCCUCCUACUAAUAUUGCCUUCUCUUUUAACCCUUCUUUUCCCAUGCAGUUUAACCCUAGCUACCACAUCCAACGUUGAACUUCGAAGUCAUGAUUGAUUAUCUGCUUUUAAUGUUGUAGCUAGUAACAAUAGCAGAUGAUCACUUUCAUUUUCUAUGCCAAAAUCUGCAAGAAAAUUCCAAUGAAUGAUAUGUGAUGUUAGUUUCCCUUGCCAC